AUGUCUUUUCGAAUUAUCGAAUUAUUUAAUACUGCUGACUAUCUAACCAUUAUAUUCUUAAUACUCAUUACAUACCUUUUUCGUUUUUACUAUAAUUAUCACACCCGUCCAAAUCCACUUCCUGGUCCUCUACCUUUACUAUUUGGACUAGAGAACGUAUUUUUUGAUGGUAACUUCAAAGACCUUGCUGCAGACCUGUAUAAAAAAUAUGGGGAUAUCUGUGAAUUCAGAUUGGGUGGUUCCAGAAGAAUAGUUCUCACUAAAACAGAUUAUUUUGAGAAUUUAUUAUCAAAUUCAAAGAAUUUAGCAUUAUUUACAAAACAUGAUUAUUCACCUGAUAUGAAUUUAUUGAAAAAUUAUGGACGAGGAAUGUUUUUAAAUAAUGAUUACGAUACUUGGAAGGUUAAUAAGUACUUUCUUUUACAAUCAAUUUCAACUCCUGGUUUCAAUAAUGAUUCUAUAAAAUAUAUUAUUGAAUUAUUUGAAGAGUUGGAUGGAUAUUGGAAUUUGCUUAAAAAAUUUAAAUCAUCUAAUGAUGAUAAUAAUGAUGAUAGGCUUGAAAUAGACUUUUUAUCAUGGGCAAAUAGGUUUAUGACUGAUAAUAUUUCAAUUAUAAUAACUGGUGAGCGAGGUUGCUCUAUGGCAUCUUAUUAUAAUACGUUCAACUCCGAUAAAUCUGAUAAAUCCGAACUUGCAAGUUCUUCUUUUGAUGAUUCUAAACCAUAUAAUUCUGAUAAAUUCACUCAAGCGCUUGUAACUUAUAUGAGAGGAGCAGUAAUUUUUCAUGUUGUUCAUCCGUUGUUGAGACGAUACGUGCCAUUUUUUAGGAUAAAAGUAAAUAAAAUUCUAGAAAGUAGAGAUUAUUUAUUAAAUACAAUGGAUGAUAUGAUUGAAAGGAGAAAACUUGAUUUUAAAAAUACUCCUCAGAAAUUAAAGUCAAAGCAUGAUCUGUUAACUAAUCUCAUUACUGCAAAUUAUAAUGCAAAGAGUAAUAUGACAGAGUCUUUAAGUGAUGAAGAUAUUAGAGCACUUAUAUUUGACGUUUUUCUUGCAGGAUCUGAUACAUCUUCAAAUAUGUUAUGUUUUAUGAUUUACUAUAUUUGUCAUAAUACACAUGUAAAACAAAAAUUGUUUGAUGAAAUUGAUUCAGUUUUUCCUAAUAAUUCUGACACAUUAUCAAUAACCUUUGAACAUCUUGAAAAGCUCAAGUAUUGUGAAUCAAUAGUUAAAGAAACUUUUCGUAUGAUGCCAGUGUUACCCGUGUCACAAAGAGUUGCAAGUGCUGAAUGCGAAGUUGCUGGGUACACAUGGCCUGCUAAAACUACAUUUCACUUAAAUUUUGCUAGUAUUCAUAUGAAUGAGAAAUAUUGGGAUAAUCCUACUAUCUUUGAUCCGGACAGGUUUUAUUUAAAAAACGAUUUGAGUGAACUUAAUGAUGAUGAUUUAAACAAUUUUGAUAAUGAAAAUAGAAAGUUUAUUCAGGGAAGAGAUAAAUAUUCAUUAGUUAUGUUUGGUGGUGGCAUAAGAAUUUGUCCUGGAAGAAAAUUAGCAAUGAUUAAUAUAUUAUCUUUUAUGACAUUGAUGUUCAAAAAGUAUGAUGUAGAAUUAAUGAAUAAGGAAGCCCCAUUGAAAACGCAAAACGG